CUCCUCACUAUGCGUUCAUCUUUUUAAUACCUUAAUCUAACUGCUGAAAUGUCUCGUCAGCCUUCAGCAAGUCAUCACUAAAUCAAACAAAUCAGCUAUGUUCACAGUCUAAAACAUGCAGGAAACAUGUUAGAAGCAGACUCCAGCUCUACCAUGUCAGCUGCACUCCUCUAUACAGCUCCCUCCACCAGCAGAAACUGGACCGGACCAGCACCAGUGAAGUUGAAAGUGUAAUAUUCUGGCCACAGAGGGCGGUGGGGUCUGAGUGAUAUUUCAUCAAUUCUGUAAAGGGUCAUUUUAGCACAUACUGGCUCAAGAAAAUUAUUUAAAAUAUGAAAAUAUUGCAGAGUGUGCCUUCAAACUAGUAAAACAAGUAAUUUCCUGUGAAACCUCUGUAGCCGAGGUAAACAGAACCGAAAAUAAACCCCUGCCCUUUUUGGAUACCUGCAGCCAUCAUUCUCCUUGCUUGAUCAUGUGAACUGUCUAAAAACGAUGUGUGGUUUUCAGUUCUCCAGUGAUUUUGUGACCUUGUGGGGCCAGCUGUGUGGAGCGCUUUCACUGCCGUUUAUCAUCUGAAAUGCUCUCCAGUGGAAAGAGAGCUUCCGGGUAAAACAUUACGGUACGCGCCACUUAUGCUUCCAGCUGGGUUAGUGUUGUCACGUUCUGCCUCUAUCAGCAGGUGAGGUAACCUGGCAGUCAGCUGUUUGUGUUGCAGGUGGGCGUGGCACGAGCUCCAGCUGAUCCUGAUUCCACUAAUCAGAGGGCCAGGGGAUUUAAGGAGCGGUGUGACACAACUCCAGCGCCGGUUGAUACGCCCACCAGGUAUCGCACCUCGCAUCCUCUAACCACGCCUGGAGUUGUUUACCUUGUCCUGUCGCUCAAGAUCCUGUGGCCUCCACUCUCCAUCGCUCUGCCUGCCUGCCUGCCAACCUACACCCUGGACUCUCACAACCUUCUCCUGUCCACCUCCUCUACAACCAUCGGACCUGCCGCCUCUCCUCCACUGAACUUCACCCAGUCCACCACCGCUAAGAACUGGUUUAAGACCAUUUCCAGUCCGUUCCUGUUCCUGCUUUUCUGGAGCAGCGCCCUUAAUUUUUCCUUAGCUUCAUUUAAUAAAAUAUUUUACUCAUUUUACUUACCUGGUUUUCACGUGUGGUCCUUCAUGUCCUGGGUUAAGCACCUUGCCCACAACACGGCAGAAUCAACCGGCCAAACGAAUACAUCCUCUGAAGAACCACUUCCUGUCGCCAUAGCCAAUACCUUGUCCCAGCAUGAAAGUUCCGUCCGGUCAGUACUCAAGCAAUUAUCCACCACUAAUCAACAUCUUUUCCAGCUCGACACCGCCUUACGCCAAAUGAAUGAAAGACUCACUUCUACGCCACCUCCUCCCGCUACUUCCGCAGCUUCAUCUCCACCGCCACUUCCGGUUCAGCAGCAUGGGGUUUCCGGGUCGCUGAGUCACCACAGCCUGAUACCUUCUCUGGCGAGCCAGGAACCCGAGAACCUCGAGUCCCUUAUCAACCUCGCCUCUAACGUCGAAAAACGCCUGAAGGAAAGACACAAGACUUCGGCGUUCAGGCCACCAUCAACCACUGCUUCACAGCAACGUCCCCAUCAAACAUCUCAACAGCACCUCCUUCCCUCGGGGUCAGACGAACCCAUGCAAAUCAAACGAGCGCAGUUAACUCCCGAGGAGAAAAUGAGACACCAUUCCCUGGGGCUGGGCCUGCCUACACCCUGGACUCACACAACCUUCUCCUGUCCACCUCUUCUACAACCAUCGGACCUGCCGCCUCUCCUUCACUGAACUUCACCCAGUCCACCACCGCUAAGAACUGGUUUAAGACCGUAAGAACAAUUCAAACACCAAAUUUAUUCUUCUCUUGGUUCUCUGGUUCCGCCUCGUAUUCACGAUUGUUUGUUCUUUUGUUUUAGAUUUCCGGUCCGUUCCUGUUCCUGCUUUUCUGGAGCAGCACCCUUAAUUUUUCCUUAGCUUCAUUUAAUAAAAUAUUUUACUCUUUUUACUUACCUGGUUUUCACGUGUGGUCCUUCAUGUCCUGGGUUAAGCACCUUGCCCACAACAUGACAAGUGUGGCUGCUGUCAAAAACAACUCCAUUUUAUAUCUAUCAUUUAAAUAUUCAGUUAAUAAGAGGAAAUCAUUAUAUAGACUAUCAGUAUUGACUAAACAUUCACAAAAAAUAUUAAGUUUUCAGUACAUUCAUGUAGAUAGUUAAUUUUUUUGGUUGAAACCCCAUUAAGAUGUAAGUAGGAACUUUUUUUUUUUGCACGUCCCCUCGUUGCUCAUAGGGUGUAGUUUAUUGGCACCACAAGGGGUGUAGUAGUACCUGGCAUUUCUGAAAGAUAUAAAAGGUGUCUUCCUGUUAGAGAAGUGGUUUUAUUUUUAUUUUUUAUAUUCUGUAAGUGACUCUGACUCUGCUUAGCAAUUUUGUUUUAUCUCAACAUAACACAAGCCUGGAAGAGUUCUGCCUUGUGGUGGAGUUGCUAAUGCUAAUGGUUAGCUUCUACUAGCUGAGAUGUUCCCUGCUUUUUCCUGGAUGCUUAAGCAAUAACAGCCUUCCCCAUUGUGAGUCAAGAUGGGCGAGUCCACGACUGACAGCGUAACAUAGAUCUGUCAGGCUUUUCUAAUCCUAGAUUCAGAGGUGUGGACUUGAGUCACAUGGAUUCAAGUCAGACUUGAGUCAUUAUUUUAAUGACUUCUGACUUGACUUGAUAAAAUUUAUAAAGACUUACAACUUGACUCGGACUUGAAAGCCAAUGACUUGCGACUUGAAUCGACUUGCAUCUGUUGACUUGAUAAUGACUUAAGCAUAUUUGAUAUUUUAGCACAAAAGUGGCACGACAUGAACAAAAAUCAUAAAUCAUUUUUCGUUCUGGGUUUGAUGUUGAACUGCUAAAUGCAACUAGCCUGGCCUGCCAGACUCGUCCUCUGUUUAAUUCUGCACUGAGAAAGAGUCUGGUUACUCACAGGCAGAGAGGCACUUGAGGGGCGGGGCUAGCCAGCUCAAAAAUAACCAAUCAGAAAAAAGACGGAAAUGCCGACUGUACCGCACGACUCUGUAGUUUUUUAGCUGUAGUCAAAAAAGGCAUUUGGCAACGGCACAAACAUCUUUUUUUUUUUUAGAAGAAAUGCUUGUUGUGGUUUUAAAGACAUUCAAGUCAUUUAGACCAGAGGAAAGAACUCCGCUUCAGCCGCCAUGUUUAUGACAAACUCGGCGUUAUGGUGUGUGACGUAGCUACUCAGCGCUGACUGGCUCGGUUAGAAUUCUCAGGGGCUGGGGUUAUUUGAAUAGGAGAGUUCCCAGACCCUUUCUCUCCCAACAGAGGAGGAGUCUGGCAGGCCAGGUUAAAAUGCAGCAGCACUUUUUAUUAUCAGUUUCAGUUGCACUUCCUGCUUGUUUAAGCAAAUAAAUGAAGCUUUAUUUCUGGAAUUUAUUUAUUAUCAUUGUCAUUAAAUUGAAGUUGGACAGAUGACUUGAUAAUGACUUGAAAAUUCAAAGUUGAGGACUCGGACUUGACUUGGUCUUGAAUGUCUUUGACUUGGACUUAACUCGAGACUUGACUGGAAAGACUUGUGACUUAAUUGUGACUUAAUUGUGUUGUAAAGCACCCUGGGGGGUUGUGGAACCCUAGAAGAGGCUAUAUCAAAUACAGACCAUACAUUUCUUAGUUGUGAUGGGAUUUUGGAGACAACCUAAGGCAUAUGAGGACAUUUUGUCCACAGUAAAGGUCUGACAAAACUCAAGAAUGACGUUGAUCCUUGGGUUAGGGUUAGGAAACUUGAGAGGAGUAACUCAAAAUGAAGAACCUGUAAUUCUUCUUCUGCCCGUUCAUGUAGAAGUGCUGGGGUCAUUACAUCACAAUAACCAGACAGAGAACCUUAACGCUAAUGGGUGUUCCUCAUGGUGUUGACCUGAUAAAGCUCUCCUGCACAUUCUGCUACAGUAAAUACAUUACAACCACACUUAAACUAGCUCAAAACAUAUUUUGCUUUAAACAAGUUAUGAUGACCAAGACACAUAACCUGAAUCAUCCAGCUCUAUUAUGACUCUGUAUGGACUAUGAUGUUUGAUACAUCAGAUGAAAACAGUUCCUACCAUAAAUCACUUGGCAUAAUGCUAUGAUGACUCCAUGGAAGGAGUCAGUGCUCGUGUGAUCCACUUCCACAGGUGUUUCCUCUUGUUUUCCCACUUCUUACUCAUGGCAUAUCCUGCAGUUUUGUUCCAGAGCUAUGGCAGCACAGUUCCUUUGUUAAUCUUCACUAGAUUGAAACAGGAUAAAGAAAAAGAAAACAAAGAAAAUCGCUGCACUGGCAGCUGACCCUCUUGAACUACAUUCAGUGUCACAUCUUGUGAAUGUAAACACAGCUGGCAGGACCGUAUUGUGUUCUGCUGCAUCCUUCUUGUACAGGAGUUGGAAACAUUCCUGCUGUCACCUGUGGCAAAACAAAGCAGACCACCAAGACUCACUAUCGCCUCAGAGUUUAAAAGAGGAGGAAACCUCAGUUAGAUCAAAUCAAAUCAACUUUAUUUAUAUAGCACUUUUCACACACACACACACACACACACACACACACACACACACACACACACACACACACACACACACACACACACACACACACACACACACACGUAACAACAGAGUAAACAAUAGGCUGAGUUCAGACGGGUCAGGUAAUGGACGACACAUCAUCAGCGGAGCCAUCUGCCUCGAUAGCAACAGAUCCACGGCAGCAGCCAAGACACCCGCCCAGGGAGAGAGGGUGGAGACCCCCACCUACUGCCCGGGCACUACCCGAGGAGCAUCCCGGCCGCCGCCGCCGCCGACCCAAAGGCAGAGGGCAAUGCAGAGGAAACACUGGAGGAUCAAAAUAUAUAACAUGUAAAAUAACAAAAGCUACUACGGAUAGAAAGUAACUGAUAAAAAAGUGAUUAUAAAGAUAGUAAAAGAAAACAUAAUCAUGUAAAAACACUAAGAUGUAGAUAAAAUAAUAAAAUUAAGUAAAAGAGAUAAAUAGGUAUAUAUACACAGGGGCGGCGUUAGGCCCGCUACUUGGGCUGAAGCCCCGGAUGUUUCAUCAAAAGCCCCGGAUCUAAAUCGCGGAAGUAACAUGCAGUACCAAAGUCCAACAGAGAGGGAGCAGCUGGCAGUAGUUUGUAUACAGCCUGCCUGAGCCUCCACCACUGAAGAAGAAGCCCUUCAGCAGCCAGCUUCUUCUACACUCUCUGCCUGAAACGCAUGAGUGAAGAUGGACAUAAGGAUGUUUUUUAGACCAAAAGUACAACGACAGAACCCCAGCUUUGAUGAGACUGGUGCUGACUCAGGUUUGUGAGUCUUAUUUGAAAAUAUUUGUUGAGCUGCUGGUUUGCCUAAAGUUAGCUUAUCAGGUAAAGUUGAUGGAGAAAGAAAGGGAAUAUUUACUAUCAUCUCACACUAAACACUAACAGGAACAAUACUCUGCCCUGAAAAUGCUUAAUGUGUAGCUUCAGAUUAAAAAUCAUGUGGUACAAGAUAUAUAUGAUGUUGACUAGUGCGCGUCAUGUGUGUGUGUGUGCG